AUGGCUUCCGCGGAAACAAUCAUUGGUGCUCUCGUUAUUCUCCAGCCUUCUGAUGAAGAUUUCAACCACUGGACUGCCAAGCAAGAGAAAAAUGAUGCUACUCCCAACCUCCAAGGGAACGUUGAUGUGAACACCCUGGACGUUGCCGUUAGUGCCACUAUCGCCGGUGUCAACACUGGAAAUAUCAGGGGGAGUCUGCAGGACGGAGUCACCCUCGAUUUCGAUUUAUCCGUCGCUAAGGGGAACCUUGGUUUGUAUCUCAAGAACGGAAAUGAGCUCUGGGUUCGUCAGCAUGUCCCGAUCACGUUCGAUGCCAUCGAUCCUAGCGGAACAUCGAGCAUCAGCCAUGGCUCUCCUUGA